AUGCUCAGGGCGGCCGAAGAGGCGGCCUUGCAUGAGAAGGAUAUGUCCAUCAGGGAAGCCAUCAGAGCUUACCCAAAGGCCAUCGCCUUCAGCAUGAUCGUAUCGCUUUGCCUUAUCAUGGAAGGCUACGACACUGCUUUAGUGGAUGCCUUCUUCUCCCUUCCGCAGUUCCGAGAGAGAUUCGGCGAACGUCUUGACAACGGGGACUAUCAAAUCACCGCGUCGUGGAUGUCGGGUCUCAAGACUGGCGUCCAAGUUGGCCAGAUUCUGGGACUGAUGGCUGCUGGCGUUAUCGCUGAGAGAUACGGCUACAAGAAGACAAUCUUGGGAUCCCUUUUCCUGCUUAUCGGCUUCAUCUUCAUCUUUUUCUUUGCCUCGCAUAUUGCCAUGCUUUUUAUUGCUGGCGUUUUGUGUGGCGUUCCAUGGGGAGCUUUCCAGACAUUGACGACCACUUAUGCGGCCGAUGUGACCCCCAUUCCACUGCGGCCGGUCCUCACAACAUACGUCAACAUGUGCUGGGUAAUGGGCCAGCUCCUCAGCUCAGGUGUGCUGCGUGGGCUCAUUGACCGCCACGAUAACUGGGCGUGGCGUAUUCCAUAUGCCAUCCAGUGGGCGUUCCCACCUCCCAUCAUCAUUGGCGUUCUACUUGCCCCUGAGAGUCCCACCUGGCUCGUACGCAAGGGCCGCCUCGACGAUGCUAGGAAAUCUCUGAGGCGGCUGGCCAGCGGACGAUCCGAGGACGAGAUCAACAACACAGUGGCAAUGCUUGUAUACACAGACCAAAUGGAGAAGGAGUCGGUCGAGGGCGUCUCGUACUUGGACUGCUUCAGGGGCACAAACCUCCGCCGCACUGAAAUCGCUUGCAUGGUCUGGGCUGCUCAAGUUCUAUGCGGCAUCUGGUUCGGUGGCAAUGUCAUUUACUUUCUCCAGCAGGCCGGCUUUGAUCCAGCCAGGUCAUUCGACUUUGGCAUUGGCACCCAAGCCCUUGCGCUGGCCGGCACCAUAGGCGCCUGGUUUCUCCUCCCUCACGUGGGGCGCCGAAGACUGUAUCUCGUCGGUCUCAGCGUUAUGCUCACUGUCCUUCUGGCUGUGGGCUUCAUGGGCAUCCCAGCCCGCAUGGAUGCCAUUGGCUGGGCUUCAGGCGCCUUGAUGAUGGUCUUUGUCGUCACGUACGAUCUCACCGUUGGCCCAGUCUGCUACUGCCUCGUAGCAGAGAUUCCGAGCACACGCCUGCGCAUCAAGACUGCGGUCCUGGCCCGCAACACGUACAAUGUCAUCAGCAUCGGGGCCAAUUUUCUGAAUGCGCCUAUCCUCAACCCAGGGGCAUGGAAUCUCCGUGGCAAGGGAGGGUUCAUCUGGGCGGGCCCUUGCGCUGUAGUUCUCGUCUGGACCUUUUUCCGCCUGCCAGAAACAAAGGGGCGAGCGAUCUCGGAGCUGGAUACUCUCUUUGAGAGACGCGUCAGCACAAGGGACUUUGCCAAGACGGAGGUGACCAUCUUUGAGCAGAGUCAGAAUGAGAAGCUGGGGGUUGAGUAA